AUGAUGCCGGUUUUUAAAAGAAGUUCUUCUACCCAUAUUGCUAGAUUGAUCAAAGAAUCUUUAAGCACCCCUGAAAUUCUACCACCGUUGCUGGAGCAAAAAGUGUCAUUACAUAAACGAUUUCCAAACUACAAAAGAACUAACUCGAUCACUGACAAAUGGUUGAAGGAAGCACUAAAAAGAAAGGAUAAAUUAAAUGAAGAUAAACUCCGGAAUGUGAAUUUACGACUCCAUGUGGUACUAACUACUCUACAGAAACUUCGUACAGCUUAUAAUCCUGCCUUGUAUUUUGCGCUGCUGAAUCGCAUCGGUACAGGCCAUAUAACAUGGCUAAAUAUAACUGGCAGACCAAUUGAUACAUUCCCAUCCAAUCGAUUGCCUUUGGAGUUCUAUCAUGAGCUAUCUAAUAUGUUAUAUAAGGUGUCGCUUCAACCGGUAAAGGACAAAACUGCACUCGCUAAAUUUUCGCUGCAAUUAUUAGACCGUUAUUUUUUACUUAUAGCUGAAUCUUUCACUGGAGAGCAAAAAUUUCGAGCAAACACGAAAUUCUUGAGAAAUUGUGCUCUUUUAGUCAUUAAGUCUCAGUCAAACUAUUAUUUGGAUGCAAUUCAACGACUGUUUGCGAAACAUUUGAAAAGUCAAUUGUUAGCCAACCUAUCUCAGCUGGCGUUUUAUGUGGAGACGUGCCAAUGGACAAGUGUAGUGGAAAUUUUACCCUUAUGCAUAUCAGAAUCUGCUCUGGAAAGCUCGAAGGAGCGUGAAAGAGAUAUUCAAUUAUUAGAGUUGUUUAGUCCGUGCUUAGUCAAAAGCUUAGGAGUAAUGAUAACCCAAGGCAUGGAAAAUGAAGUUUGCCUGAUUUUAAGAAGCUUGUCCAAAUGGAACUUUCGCUUCCAUCAGCAUGAUUCUUCCAACUUAAUGCAGUUAUGUAAGAGGCAUUCCUGUUUUGAAAUUAUUGCAACCAUGAAUAAAUUAUCCUUUAUUACCGUCAGUAGCAAACAAUUCGAUUUGGAUAAGUUACAGUCCGAUGUGAGUUUAAAGAAGUGUAUGAGUGAUUUAUCAAAAGAUAAUUUCGAACCUUUCAAGCACGAUUCAUUUCUUCAGUCGUUAUCUCUCAAAUUGAGUGAUUUGCCAUUGAGCUUAAGCGUAUGGAAACGGUACAUCGAUGACGUUGAUCAACAAAUGCGUACUGACUCUACACCGCCUCCCUUAAGAGCAUUUUUUACAACUAUUCUACUAAGUCAUAUAUCUGUCCAGAAAAGUUUUGAUUUUAUGCUUUCAUUAGUCGAGUAUAUGGUGUAUGAGAAAAAUUUUAGGAAAUCUUUACUACAGACGAAGAAUUUAGUUGGAAGCAGAGAGAAUUCCAGUUUCCAUUGUUUAUUCCAUGCCGCCUCUCAAGCAAAUUCUACUAAAGUUACUCUACUGACAUUGUUUAACAAAUUGAAUGAACAUGGUUAUCAAUUUAGUGUUCACGAUUUUCUUUCAAUGUUAAAAGUCUGUAAAAACUACUCUGAUUGCGAUUUUUUCUACUUUGUUUUUUAUAACCUGUUGAUUACACAUAGCCACAGGUUUUUUCUUUUUGAUGAAUUUAGUGAUAAGUUUACAUGGAGGUUACCAAUACAGAUAGGAAAUGCAAUCUCUGGAUGGCUUUCUAGCUUGCAAAUUGACAUACAGGAAAAUACUGAUAGAGUUUUGCAGAUAACCGAUGAAGUUGGCGAAUGGUAUGUUGAAAAUAAACCAGUGAGCUUAGAAAAACAGGCUGUUCAACCAAUCAAUGUACUCAAACUGCGCAGAAUCUUUGGGGAGCGAAAAACUCUAUUUCAGAUGGAUUCGGAGAUUUAUCAAGAAUGUAAAACGAAGAAGGAUAAAGAAAUGGAGAAAGGAGCAUUAUUUACCCAAAAUGAUAUGGAGUACAAUUUUGCGGUAGAUUUAUCUUAUUCUAAAAGAGUACAAAAUCUACUCUCCUAUGUAACAUCUCAACAAAUGCAACAAAAAGAAUGA